ACUUGCUAUCAUAGAAAAAUACAUAUCCCAUUUUUUCUAAUUCUCCUUCAUGGGUUCCAAAAUUUUCAACAUGAAAUUCUUCUCACUGCUAAUUUCCUCAUUUGCCAUCAUCCAAAUGGCAACAGCCGGAGAUGCAGACAUCCUCUCUGAUUUUAUAGUGCCUCAAAACGUCACCACGGUUGAUGGAAACUUCUUCACGUUUAUUGGCCUGCGAUCUCUCGUUGGGUCAAACCCUCCACCAACCUUCAAGGUUUCAAAAGCAAGUUUGGUUGAAUUCCCGGCUCUCAAUGGACAGAGUGUUUCCUAUGCUGUUCUUCAAUUCCCGGCUGGCACUACUAAUCCACCUCACAUCCAUCCUCGCUCGGCCGAACUUCUUUUCUUAGUUGAUGGUACUCUUCAGGUGGGGUUUGUUGAUACAACCAACAAACUCUUCAAUCAAACACUACAAACGGGUGAUAUAUUCGUGUUUCCCAAGGGACUUGUGCACUUCCAAUACAAUGCUGAUGCGAACAAAUCUGCUGUAGCUAUUUCAGCUUUUGGGAGUGCAAAUGCUGGAACUGUUUCAAUUCCCACUACUUUGUUCACCACUGGCAUUGACGACACGAUCUUGGCUAAAUCCUUCAAGACCAGCCUUGCCACCAUUCAAGCUCUUAAGGCUGGUCUUACUCCCAAGCCUUGAGGAUGGCACGCUUUACAAUCCGUAGCGACUUUAAGACAUUUCAUCGUUCUUUGGUGUUUUGUGCUUUUUUCCCCCCAAGUAUUAUUAUUUUUUUCCAAGCCAUUGAAUAAUUUACCUUGCAAGGGGUAUGUGUUGUCACAUUUGUCAGCAUUAGCUUUGGUUUCUCCAAUCUAUCAUUAAAGACGAAUAAAAUCAUUCAUUUUUCUA